GUGGAGCCCCAUUUAUCUCACGUCAUAUUGUGUUUGAUGUUAUAACGAGCGCAUCGUUGAUGCUCUUCAUUCUCCCCGUCAAUCCGACUUCAACAUUCAGACAGUUGAGAAUGGCAUCUCAACCAAAGAAAUCUCACCAAGGCGAUGGCCUGCUCCUCAUCCACGCGGGCCUCUUCCGCACGGGCACAAAGUCAAUGGCGCGCGCAUAUCAGAUGCUCGGUCUCAAAACGCACCACGGACUCCUUGAAAAAGUCACCGACAGCCCAUGGGUGCAGCUAGAGCAAGCCGCCGAGGCAACAUGGCCCUCCGCGCCCGGUGCACGCCCCCGAGCGCCCUUCACUCGCGCCGAUUGGGACGAGCUUUGGGGAAAUAAUUACGACGCCGUCACUGACCUAGCAUCUCCCUUUGCCCUCGAGCUUAUCCGAGCCUAUCCCAAUGCCAAGGUCGUGGUGGUCCAACGCGAUUUUGAGCGGUGGUGGACAAGUUUUCAGAGCCAAAUUCUCGAUAAGGUCAUGCUUCAGCCUAUGGCGGCUAUCAAUGGGGCUAUUGCGCUGUAUUUCAUGGGACUUCCAGCCGUGCAGGCGAUGAGAAAGAUUCAUUUUGGUUUCUUUGGUGCACAAAGUCGGAAGGAGAUUCUGGCAAAUGCGAAAGACGUGUAUGAGACAUACUAUCGCAGUGUGCGGGCAGCCGUCCCACCAGAGCAGUUGCUCGAGUACCAAAUGGGAGAUGGUUGGGGACCACUUUGUGCGUUCCUGGAUGUGGCAGUGCCCGAUAUACCAUUUCCGAGAGAGAAUGAAUCAGAUGCUCAUGAUAAGGAGUUGAAAGCACGCCAGGGAUUGCUUUGGACGGCGGCUAUCAAAUUUGGAGCGCCCGUGGUACUUGGGCUGGCUGCCAUAUGGGUGGGAUUUGCGUUCAGUCAAACAGCAUGAGAUCAAUCUUAAAGUACAGGGAUUACAAAGAUCUCGGAAUAGCUAUCUCUAACCUUUAACCUAGUGGUAUGAAACCUUGAAGCUGACGAUCAACGUUUGUGAAGCUCCGAAAAGUGCGCAGACUGCGAUAAGUUUUCCAUCCACACAUCUCUGUGCUUGAUAAACCCGCUGCAGACCCUGAAUAUUCGUAUACUGCUUUGCGACAGUCCUCCAAAGAUACACAUUGCCUAUCGUUGGCGUGUAUAGGUGUAAGUUCUGCGCAUCAAGCUUGGCAGAUAUGGAUGCCGUGACCGAAGUGUACCAAUCGGGUGGGAAGCGGCGAUGUGGUGCUGGAGACAUUUGUGUCGUUCUGGGGAGGCUAUUAUGGAAUCGUAUGUGGAUGAGAGUGCCCGAGGGAGCUGCAGGCGUUGGUUGACCCGAACUGAGUAAUAUAUGCUGGCUGAUUGACUGAUGGUGGAUAUCAAACGGCCAUGGUCCAGACAGCGGAUAGUCCGGGGGAAUGGGCCUACUCAAGAUAUAUAUAGGAAAGAUUGCCUCAUUUGGGUGGCUAGAAUGUUGAAUAUGGAUUUUUCGCGCAGUCACGAUGGUGCUAACACGCAUUGGGUGAUGUGAACUGGUCGGAUGCGAUUUCAUUCAAUUUGCGCAGAUUAACAAUUUGCAUGGAGUUUUGUGAAGGUUUUGCGACCUGCAGUAGAUCAUUUCAUGAAGAGGGUAUGGGGCGUGGGGUUAAAAACUUAUGGAAUGUCACUGUAUUCGUGCCUCUCUGCCCACC